CUGAUACCAGCAUGACUUCACAAAGUAUUGUACGAUGAACAUACUAACUAUACUUUUAAAUCCAUGGCGAUAUUCGCACCUCCAUUGUCUCCGUUAUACAUGUGGCUGGAAGCGCGUGGUCGAUAAAUUGUUUGCAUGAUAUUUGCAAGAUAGUAUAUUUCCAAAACAUAAAUAAAUAUGCGUGCAAGAAUCUACAAAAAGAUUGAAUAUUGUAUAAAGUGAAAACCAUAUUUAUCAAGAUGUCUGUGGUAUCCUCGAGGGUCAACAGUGUGUCAUCUCUACUAAAAGGCCCUGGCGUUAGAGAACAAAUUAUUAAGCAAUCUAAUAGGGUAUACUUUAAACUCCCAAAAGAUAUUAAAAGUAUACUAUAUAAUUUUGAAACAGGUAAUGACAUUAAAGAAUACGAGAAGUUAAUACAAUUACUUCGAGAAGAUGCUAUAAAGGAUUGUGAUUUAGCAGAAUUUUUAGUUGAGACAAGGCAAUGUGUAUCCAUGUUAGAUGCUAAACAUGAAUUAUUUAUUCAAGUUCUUCUUAAAAUUCGAUGGACAAAUAGAUCGCCAGGAGUUAUUUCUACUUAUAAACUCUUUUUACAAGAUUUAGUAUGUAUGCAGACUCCUCAUAUAAAAACUGUAAUAAAUCAUCUAGUUGAAUUGUUUAAACCAGUUGAAGAUAGUAACGUAGAACAUGAAGCUGGAAAACUUAAAAAUGAAGAUAUAGAAAAGUUAAACCACAUACAUGACAUAUUGCAUAAGAUUUUGGAAGUGGUUCCAAUGUCGAACAAAGUUUUGCUGCAAACCCUUGGAUUACAAUUUCCAUAUGUUAUACAUGGCACUUAUACACAUGAAGUUUAUAUCUAUGCAUUAUUACAAAUAUUGAAUUAUGCACCUCAACUGAGAUCAGACAUUUUAUCCUUAAUUAUUAAUAGAUUGAUGGUGUUGGAUGUCAACAUACCUCGUGAAGAAGCAGGUGAUGAGGAAGGUGAUGAUGACUUAACGGAUUGUAUUGAUGAAACAGUUGAUAAUCAGACUAAUAAUGAUGUAGAUAAAACAAAUCUUGUGCAUCCAUCUGCACAUACGCUGGAUAUGUGUAUGGAAUUAUUUCUUAAAUAUAUGCACGAGUUUUGUUUCGAAAAUGGAGUUCUGAAGAUAAAAUCCACAAGAAUAUUGUACUUUGAUGUUCUCCGAGCAUUCGAAACAGUAAUAUUACCUACACAUGCCAGUCAGUAUAUGCAAUAUAUUGCAUUCUACAUUUGCAGUUUCAAAGCUGUAGUCGCGGAAACUUUUAUCGAUUGGUUGUGGCGUAAAGUAAUUGAUCCAAAUGUAGCAUCAGUUACACGGCAAUCAGCUGUGUCUUAUAUUUCUAGCUUGCUCGCUUCUGCUACAUUUAUUCCUUCUGGACUAAUGAAACUGAUGAUGGUUAAAUUGACAAAAUGGAUACAUAAUUAUAUCUCUAUACAAGAGUGUUCAGAGCAUAUCGAUGAUAUGAAACAACACGUUGUAUUUUAUUCCGUUUGUCAAGCGUUCUUUCAUUUACUUAUUGCGAGACAUAAGGAAUUCCUGAGAUUGAAAAAUGGUAUAUUAUUUCUUCAGGAACUUGAUAUAUCGAGGAUCAUUACUUGUAAAUUAAAUCCUUUGAAAAUAUGCGAUAGCAAAAUAGUUUACAGUUUCGCCGAUAUUACAAGCACGUAUCAGUUAGCUUAUUGUUACACUGUAAUCGAAAAUAACGAGCGUAAUCAACUGCCCAUUUUUGGGAUAAAAACUCGCUUGCCUAUUUUAAUUUCGAAUUUUUUUCCAUUUGAAUCUUAUACUUUAAAGUAUAGUGGAGAAAGAAUACUUCCUUUAUUUCAUAACAAUAUAGUAAAUGCUGUACGAAGAAAUUGUGAAUAAAGAUAUGUCUAUAAAGCUU